UUAUAAAACUUUAAUAGGAAUCAGUUUUGUUUGGAGAAUGAACUACAAGUUUUACUAAACAUUACAAACAACUUUUGCACGUGCUAUCCUAAAAUAAAAUUUGAGAUUUACCCACAGAGGGCGCGCAGCGGUGCACGACUUGCAUGAACGUCACCAUCGUAUCGAUUUAAACUGGAGAAAGCGACGUACAAGUGAAAAUAUGAUGGGGAUGUAUACCUUUUUUGGUGUAUUUAUCAUUGUUUUUCUGUUGAAUUUGCAAGUCGAUGCCCAGCCUAAGGAACCAGUACAAGUUAGCGUCUAUUACGAAGCUCUGUGCCCAGACAGUAUUGACUUCAUUGUCGAACAGUUGUGGCCAGCAUACAAGAAGGUCAGGUCGAUUUUCCUGGUGGACCUAGUGCCAUAUGGGAAGGCGUGGGAAAAACGACUGAAUAAUGGAACAUGGGUAUUCCAGUGUCAGCAUGGUGUUAAGGAAUGUUAUGGUAACCUAGUCCAGACCUGUGCAAUACGUCUCCUGAAUAAUACUGACCUGUCGCUGCCAUUUGUCCACUGUGCUAUGUCCUCUUCACGGCCACAAUCUGCAGGACCAUUGUGUGCCAGGAAACUAAAUAUUGAUUAUGGACCUGUUGAAAAAUGUGUAACUUCUGAUCAAGGCAAUAGAUGGCAGCACGAGAUGGGACGGAAGACAGAAGGUCAAAAACCUCGUAUUACUUUCAUUCCAAGAAUAGUGAUAAAUGGGGAAUAUUCAAGACAAAAUCAAGACAAAGCUUUGAGAAACUUCCUGGGCUUAGUGUGUGAAAACUAUAAGGGACCAAAACCAACGGAAUGCCCAGCAAUUAAGGAUGAUAGUCUCUAAACUUGGAUAGGAUUCUUUGUUCUUGAACUUCCCAGAUUCACGUGAAGAAAAUGAUUGAUUUGUACAGUAAGAAUGAGUUUAGUAAUUUUAACUAUGAAGUGUCAUUUUAAUUCUUUUUCCUUAAGUUGAGGUUAAAACUACCAUUGUACGGCCACAUAUAAGAAGGACAGAGUAUUUUAAUUUGUUUAAAAUAAAGUCCUUUAGACUCAUAAUUACUGAAGUUCUUGCUGCUAUUAUAAGCCUGAUUUCUUACUUUUCUGUAAAUAUUUAUUAAUUUCAGUUGAUGCUGUAUUUACAGUUAAAACGUUUUAAUACAGAUGCUCUAGAGAAAUUUCUAUUCCAUAUUUAAUUACUUAAGAGAGCACAGUGCACGUUCUCAAUUUGUUUUGUACAAGCGUAUAACCAUUGAUUAAUAAAUAACUUUCCUGAA